AAAAAAACAAAAAAUAAAGAAAAGGAAAAAGAAACUGUUGAUCCGAAAAAUCCCUUUGUCCUCUCUUUCUCUAGCUAGUCGGUCUCGGUCUCAUCUCACCAUUAAAUUCUCAGAAUUUGGAGGCAGAGAAACCAGUUGCUAAUCCGUCAAGGUAAUUCCAUCAGGAUGAAACCUGUUUGCCCUUUUGUUAGAGCUUCGAGACCUGAUGACACUUCUGUUAAGAAGCCUGGUGAAAACCAAAAUAAACAGUCAGCUGGUCAGGAGAGCAAGCCUAAACAAGAGUCUGGAGGAUCCGCAGUUGUGUCACCUAAAUGCCCCUUCGGAUAUGGCCAGGAGAGCAAGCCUAAACAAGAGUCUGGAGAAUCUACAGUUGUGUCACCUAAAUGCCCCUUUGGAUAUGGCCAGGAGAGCAAGCCUAAACAAGAAUCAGAAGAAUCUGCAAUUGUGGCACCUAGAUGCCCCUUUGGAUAUGAUUCUCAAACAGUUAAGCUGGGUCCUUUUAGCUGCAUGAUUUGUCAGGCACUUCUUUAUGAUUGCAGUAGAUGUGUGCCCUGUUCUCAUGUAUUCUGCAAAGCAUGUAUCUCGCGCUUUAAGGACUGUCCAUUAUGUGGUGCUGAUAUCGAAAAGACACAGGGCGAUACAAAUCUUCAGAAUGUUGUUGAUCGCUUUAUUGAAGGGCAUGCGAGGAUUAAGAGGUCUGCAGUUAAUGGUGACCAAGAAGAAGUAGGAGAGAGAAAAACAGUUAUGUACGAGGAUGUAUCAUUAGAGGGGGGAGCAUUCCUGGUGCAACAAGCCAUGCGGGCUUUUCGUGCCAAUAAUAUUGAUAGUGCAAAAUCAAGACUUACUAUGUGCGCAGAUGAUAUUCAAGGACAGCUGGAAAGAAUGGGAAAUAUAUCAGAGCUCUGCUCACAGCUUGGAGCAGUUCUUGGUAUGCUUGGUGACUGCUGUCGAGCUACAGGAGAUGCUGCAUCUGCAGUCACUUACUUUGAAGAGAGUGUCAAUUUCCUAGUGAAAGUGCCCAAAGAUGAUUUAGAGAUCACACAGACCCUUUCUGUUUCGCUAAAUAAAAUUGGAGAUCUUAAAUACUAUGAUGGUGAUUUGGAAGCUGCAAGAUCACAUUACUUUAAGGCGUUGGAUGUUCGCUGCAAUGCCAUCAAACAACAGUCCGGACCAUCUCAGAUCAUCGAUGUAGCUACUUCCCUUGCAAAAGUUGCUGAUGUUGACCGAAAUCUCGGGAAUGAGGAUGCUGCGAUCGAUGGAUUUGAAGAAGCCAUAAAAAUGUUACAAUCGUUAGAACUUAAUCCUGAAGAAGUUAGCCUUGAACAAAAGCGGCUCUCAGUUCUCCAGUUUCUAGACAGCCAGAUGGAAAAGAAACAACCUGAUUCAGGUGCUUGAAUGAAGUCUUUUUUACCAGUAAUCAUGAGGGAUAUACUGCUUGUACUAAAACUGAAGGAUAUACUGCUUGUGCUUUGCUUGUCAACUUUCCUGCUGGUAUAUAAUCUACGUGUAAAUGCGUCAUAAGUGAUGAGUGCUGACAGAUUCUCUAACUGCUAUGCCAGUGGCAAGUCAAUUAGUCUGUUUUCAA